CAGAGCUAGGAGCAGCUUCCUUGUACAGCCUGAAGAGGCACAGAAUGAUGAAGAGGUAGAACGGGCCGUGCAAAAAUGAGAAUAGCCAAGCAAAAAAGCUGAGAUCUAUAACAGGUGGAAGGAUAUAUUUUUUAAUCUUUGACAGCAGAUGCAAAGCACUUGAGCUCAGGCUCUUGGGGUGUAAAACAGGAUGCCAAGCCACCAGCCUUGGUACCAUGACAAUAUAACGCGAUCCAAAGCUGAGGAUCUACUCUCCAAAGCAGCAAGAGAUGGAAGCUUCCUUAUCCGGGACAGUGAGUCCGUACAGGGCGCGUAUGCCCUCUGCGUUUUAUACCAGAACUGUGUAUACACGUACAGAAUCCUGCCAAAUGAGGACAAGAAGCUUUCUGUUCAGGCAUCUGAGGGAGUUCCAAUUAGGUUCUUCACAAUGUUGCCUGAGCUGGUGGAGGCAUAUCAGAGCCCCAACAUGGGCCUGGUCACACACCUGCAGUACCCCGUCCAGAGGGAAGAAGAGGUAGAAGAAGAGCAAGAAUCCAACAAUCAUCCACCACAGCUUCCACCCAGGAACUUCAUGGCUGAUGGAAAAGAAAGUGAAUCCAAAACCUCAGAGCAGGCCACCAAGUCCUUAUUAGACACUUACCUGACGAGGCUGCAGCACAUAGACCUGUCCACGUUGUCAGAGGAGCAUCAAAUGGCUGUCCAAGAAUACUUCACAUCCUCCAUCUGCCUGGAUGCUGAACAAGUACAAAAUGGCAACCCUAACCUCCCUGGCCUCAAGAAACUGAUCUUGGCUGUGUGCAAAAAUCUAAACAGUGAAAUAUCUCGAAUCCUGCCCGCUCUUGAGGUCUUUCACAGAGCGCUGGAUCAGCAGCUCUCCCCGGGGAUUGGACCUAAACCGAUUCUUGCAGAUUCAGGGCAAUCUAUGUCCAGUAGGCUUGAGCAACUCACCAAACUGCUCUACUCAAUAGAGGACAAGGCCAAAAGUUCUGUUUUUGAGGCAGUUGGCUAUGAUGGAGGCCACCGGAAAUCUCUCAUACCAGUUGUUGUGUUUGAGGUAAAGCAAGAGUCUCUUGGUAUCUCAACAAAGAUGGUUCUGAAGGUGGAUGUUGAAAGUGGGAAAAUCUACUUUAAGAAAUCCAAAGAUGGACCAGAAGAUAAAUAUUUUGUUCACAAUAAAAUCCUGCAGCUGGUGAAAUCCCAGAAAAUGCAUGCUAAGCUUGUCAUCGUGGUGGAGACUGAGAAAGAGAAGAUUCUGCGUAAGGAGUUUGUGUUUGAUGACACAAAGAAAAGAGAGGGUUUCUGUCAGCUGCUUCAGCUGAUGAAGAACAAGCAUUCAGAAAAGCCUGAACCAGACAUGAUCACAGUGUUUGUUGGAACCUGGAAUAUGGGAAAUGCUAGUCCUCCUGGCGACAUCAACUCCUGGUUCCACUGUAAGGGCCUGGGGAAGACCCAGGACGACACCGCGAACCAUAUUCCACACGACGUUUAUGUCAUCGGGACCCAGGAGGAUCCUUUGGGUGAGAGAGAGUGGUCUGACAUAGUGAAAAAUGUCCUGAGGAAAAUCACAAACAUCAGCUUUAAGCAGGUAGCGAUUCACACUCUGUGGAACAUUCGGAUCAUUGUCCUGGCCAAGCCUGAGCAUGAAAACAGAAUCUCCCAUGUGUUUUCAGACAGCGUGAAGACAGGGAUUGCCAACACUUUGGGAAACAAGGGAGCUGUGGGAGUGUCUUUCAUGUUCAACGGUACAUCUUUCGGCUUUGUCAACAGUCACCUGACAUCUGGAAGUGAGAAGAAGCUCAGACGGAAUCAGAACUACAUCAAUAUACUGCGAUUUCUGAAUCUGGGAGACAAAAAGCUCAACCCCUUCGACAUCACGCAUCGCUUCACUCACCUCCUCUGGCUUGGAGAUUUAAACUAUCGUGUUGAACUUCCAUCUUCAGAAGCUGAGAACAUUGUGACAAAGAUCAAGCAGCAGCAGUACCAGGAACUUCUCAGUAAAGACCAGCUCAACAUGGAGAGGAAUGAUGGAAAGGUCUUCCUGCAUUUUGAGGAAGAGGAAAUCACAUUUCCACCCACGUAUCGCUUUGAAAGAGAUACACGAAACAAGUAUGCCUACACAAAGGCCAAAGCGACAGGGACAAAAUACAAUUUGCCCUCAUGGUGUGAUCGUGUCCUGCGAAAGUCAUAUCCCCUGGUUCAUGUUGUGUGCCAAGCAUAUGGAUGCACUAAUGACAUCAUGACCAGCGACCACUCGCCUGUUUUUGCAUCAUUUGAAGUCGGAGUUGCAUCACAGUUUGUCUCCAAGCAAGAUCCCAACAGUGAUCCUCAGGGUGGAAUCCAGAUCAUGAACUGUGUGGCCAUCUUGCUGACAAAGUCAAAGACCAGGUUCUUCAUCGAGUUCCAUUCCAGCUGCUUGGAGAAAACUGUGAAGACUUCAGAAGGAGAGAACACAGAACAAUGUGAUGGCUCCAUAAAAGUUUGGUUUGGCAAUAAAGUUGAGCUCACUCCAAUCAUUUCUGACCCCGAGUACCUGUUGGAUCAGCACAUCCUCAUCUGCGUGAAAUCGACAGACUGUGACGAGUCGUAUGGAGAGGGAUGUGUUGCACUGCGAGCUGCCCAGUUCUGCUACAGGGAGUUUCAGAUCACGCUGACUCACCAAGGAGAGAAGACAGGCACGCUGACCGGUGGCAUCCAGUUAAGCACCUCCGAGUUCAAGCCCACUGAGAAGUUAUAUGAUUUCAUAAAAAUUGAAAAAGAUGAUGCCGCUCCUUCAAAAGGCAAAAGCGGUGACAAGUCCUCUGUAACACAGACACAUGAUAUUUCUAACCCUAGUUACAUGGGAGUUUCAUUCAAAAGUGGCAAUGUGGUGGACAAGGGCUGGAGUUACAGCUUGCCCCCAAGGAAUGUUUCCAUUGGUGGAAAAGGGGGUAAAGAGUCCAAAAAGCCUAGUUAUGAUCCGGGCGUACAAAGUCCCACUGCAAUACAUUACAUCAAGAGUGAGGAUGAGAAGUUGUCAGAGAUGUUAGACAACCCGCUGUAUGGUUCGAUGGCUAAAUCACACAGCCAGGCCAAAGACCAAGGCCAUCAACAGCUGGACCAUCUUACACCAUCACCAGAUGGAGACUCUGAUCGCCCCCCGUUGCCCAUGCCACGUAACCGCUCCUUCACCUCUUCUGAAAACAGAUCCCACACUUCUACCUCCAUUAGUCUGCACCCUCCAGGACAGAAGAAACCAGUGGUUCCUUCUCGCUCAGAGGGAGGGGGGGCACAAAAUCGCCCUCCUUUGCCCAACAAGUCGCGCCCAGAACCCCAGACGCCAAAACCCAGAGAUUACAGAGACACAUCUGAGUUUCCCGGCAAACAGAGACUUCCAACAAGACCAGGUCUGCCACCGCCUCACAAAGACAUUCAUCCAGAAUAUCCCAAGACGGGCCGUCCAUUGAACUGAGAAAAAGCUGCAAAUAAGGCCAGCACAGACGGAACAGCUUCCUGCCUGCAUUUUGUCAACUAAAUAGCUCAAAGUUUUGACCAGUUCUUUUUAUCACUUUGCCUCACAGAGUGGCUAAUCAUUUUUCUGCAGUGCCCAAAAUAUGUAUUUACUCUUUUUAUAGCUAAAGUUGGAAUAAAGCAGUUUCCAGUCUUAUGCUAAGCUAAGUUGACUGAAUGAUGGCUGUAGCUUUAAAUUUAACAGAUUUUCAUACCCCAACUGGUAAUGGCCUGCUAAGGUGUCAAACUGUUUCCAUAAAGCUCCAGUGUAUGUCAAUUAAUGGGAUCUGUAAUUAAACAUAACAUGUAUAGCUAUGUUUUCAUUAAUGUAGAGUUUAAUUUUCAUUAUGAAGCUGGCCAAUAUAGUCCACCAUGUUACACAGCUACGUUCUACGGUAGCCCAGAAUGGUCAGAACAAACAUGGGUUCAAGAAAGGUAAAUUGCUUGUUUUCCAUGAUUGCCGAUGUUUUAUGUACAUUUGUUUGGUUGGAUGUCACUGCAUGCUACAUACUUUCCAUUUACUGUUACAGAAAAUUACAUUUUCAGGGUGGAUUUCUGCAAAGCUUGCCUUACAUUGUAGGAAACAAAACUGAACUUUGCUUCAAAAUAAUUACAAACAGGACCUUUACACUAUACUGUGGCUAAUGAAUGUUUACCACACAGUAUUAAAUUGCACAAAUAAUGACAUAUUUGUCUUGAGAUGUAAAAUAAAAUCCAAAAUAAACAUAAUUGUCAAAGUUUAA